CAACAUCAUCAAACAACAAAAACCUUAACACAAAUCAAACACACAUAAACAAAGAUCAAGUAUCUAACAUAUAAUAUGGCUUCCUUACAAGUAUUUUCUUCUUUAAUUUCAUCAUCAUCAUCUUCUUCUUCAGAAAGAAUCAAAUCAUCUUUCAAUGUCCCAAAACUCCCUAAAGUUCUUUCCAUAGUUCCAAAAACAAGACCAAGCAGAAAGCUAUUUGAGGAGUUAAACGGCCAACUUACACACACAAUCCCAAUAAUAAUUCAAGAAAAUGAUUAUCAUUCACCCAAGUACUAUUCCCCUUCUUCUAAAUCACCAAAAACAAAAACAAAAACCAUUACUCAACUCUAUGCAAUUCUUGAAUCUGUAUCCGACAGAAUAGAAAUGCAUCAAAACAUUGGCGAACAACGCGAUAAUUGGAAUACCCUUCUAUUAAACUCCAUCAACAUGAUCACUCUCACCGCCACCGCCAUGGCAGGUAUAUCAGCCAUAAGCGGCUCCGGUGCUCCUCUUUUAGCCCUCAAAUUAUCUUCGGCACUUUUAUUCUCAGCUUCUACUGGUAUGUUAAUUAUCAUGAACAAAAUCCAACCUUCACAACUUGCUGAGGAGCAAAGAAAUGCAACAAGAUUGUUCAAACAGCUUAAGUCCCAGAUUGAAACAACAAUAGCAAUUGGGAACCCCACAGAGGAAUAUAUAAAGGAUACUAUUCAAGAAGUUCUAGCUCUUGAUAGAGCUUAUCCACUACCUUUGUUAGGAGUUAUGAUUGAAAAAUUCCCUCAAAAAUAUGAACCUGCAAAUUGGAGGCCUACAAAAAAAUCAUCUAGAAGAAGCAACAAUAGUUUUCAUUCAGAAAAUAAUGAAACAAAGAAAAAUGGAUGGAAUGAAGGAUUAGAAAGUGAAGUAAAAGAUGUAUUAGAAGUUAUGAAGAGAAAAGAUAUGGAAGAUUAUGAGAGAUUAGGAAACUUGGUGUUGAAGAUAAAUAAGACAUUGGCUAUUGCAGGACCAUUACUCACUGGAAUUGCAGCUGUGGGGUCCACAUUUGUUGGUCAAGGUUCAUUGGCAUCUAUAGUACCUGUUAUGGCUGGAGCAUUGGCUACUGCUGUUAAUUCUUUUGAGCAUGGUGGACAAGUUGGUAUGGUUUCUGAAAUGUAUAGAGCUUGUGGUGGAUUCUUUCAAAUGAUGGAAAGUUCAAUUCAAGAGAAUAUAUUAGAAGAAGAUGAAGAACAAAGAGAAAAUGGAGAUUUGUUUGAAAUUAAAUUGGCUUUGAAAUUGGGAAGAAGUUUGUCACAAUUAAGAGAUCUUGCUAGAAAAUCAGCUUAUUCUCGUGUUGAGGGAACUACAGUUGAUGAAUUUGCUAGCAAACUUUUCUAAGUCUUUAGUUUUUUUUCUUGAUCUAACUUAACAAUUCUUUGAUUCAAUUGUGAUUAUUCUAUACAAAUUCAUUGAUCCUUUUGAAUUAUUUUUUAUUUUUGUGUACAUGUGCUUGUAGAGAAAUUAAUUUGUUUUGAUUUAUAGAAACGAGAAUGGAUUGAUCA